AAAUGCGCUCGUAAGCUGCUAGCUGGAGAGCUGACAAGAAUCGGGGUAGUUAUAACUUUCCAUAGACGUAGCCAGGCACCCGGAGCCAGCUAGACGCGUCCUAAGCAUCAUGCGAGAGAUCGUGCACAUCCAAGCAGGUCAAUGUGGCAAUCAGAUUGGAGCCAAGUUUUGGGAAGUGAUUAGUGACGAACACGGCAUCGAUCCAACAGGCAGUUAUCAUGGCGACAGCGAUUUACAGCUGGAAAGAAUAAAUGUGUACUACAACGAAGCCUCUGGUGGUAAAUAUGUACCCAGAGCCAUCCUUGUUGACUUGGAGCCUGGAACCAUGGAUUCUGUUAGAUCAGGUCCAUUUGGGCAGAUUUUCAGACCAGACAAUUAUGUAUUUGGCCAAAGUGGUGCAGGAAACAACUGGGCAAAAGGUCACUACACUGAGGGAGCAGAAUUAGUGGACUCGGUGCUGGAUGUAGUAAGGAAAGAAUCUGAAAGCUGUGAUUGCCUGCAGGGCUUCCAGCUAACCCAUUCUCUUGGAGGUGGCACUGGCUCUGGAAUGGGAACGCUCCUCAUCAGCAAAAUCAGAGAGGAGUAUCCCGAUCGUAUUAUGAAUACCUUCAGUGUUAUGCCAUCUCCUAAGGUCUCUGAUACAGUAGUAGAACCAUACAAUGCAACCCUUUCUGUUCAUCAGCUGGUAGAGAAUACAGAUGAAACUUACUGCAUUGACAAUGAAGCACUGUAUGAUAUCUGCUUCCGUACACUGAAACUUACAACACCAACCUAUGGGGACCUCAACCACUUAGUGUCUGCUACCAUGAGUGGUGUAACAACCUGUCUUCGCUUCCCUGGCCAGCUGAAUGCAGAUCUUCGGAAGUUGGCAGUUAACAUGGUGCCUUUCCCUCGUCUGCAUUUCUUUAUGCCAGGUUUUGCACCCUUAACCAGUCGUGGCAGUCAGCAGUACCGUGCUCUGACUGUGCCAGAGUUAACACAACAGAUGUUUGAUGCCAAAAACAUGAUGGCUGCCUGUGAUCCACGCCAUGGCCGUUACCUUACAGUAGCAGCCAUAUUCCGUGGUAGAAUGUCUAUGAAAGAAGUGGAUGAGCAGAUGCUCAAUGUUCAGAAUAAGAACAGUAGUUACUUUGUUGAAUGGAUCCCCAACAAUGUGAAAACAGCUGUUUGUGACAUUCCACCAAGGGGCCUCAAAAUGUCUGCCACCUUUAUUGGUAACAGCACAGCCAUUCAAGAGCUAUUCAAAAGAAUCUCUGAGCAGUUCACUGCUAUGUUUCGACGCAAAGCUUUCUUGCACUGGUACACUGGUGAAGGCAUGGAUGAAAUGGAAUUUACUGAAGCAGAGAGCAACAUGAAUGAUCUUGUAUCUGAGUACCAACAGUACCAAGAUGCCACUGCUGAUGAACAGGGCGAGUUUGAAGAGGAGGAAGGUGAAGAAGAGCCGUAAUCUCACUCAUGAGUUUCCAGACAUCUUCACUGUUGCCAUCUUAUUUUUUUUAAUAUAUUCCAUGCCAGUCAAGCUACACAGAUUGUUUGUUCACAUUUUUAUACUUCAGUAUUCAGUUUUUCUAACACUAAAAUGUAAACGUAACCCAAAUUGUGCAACACGUCUUACAUUAUUGAAAUGCCAAAAGUUCAUUUCUGCUUAUUACUGGCUGAAAACAUAAAUGGUUUUCAUGAUC